CUCCCAUGAGUCUUUGCGUCCGCUCUUUGCUUGUGGUGCUAGCUGUUCAGUUAGCUAGCUAGCAAUUAUAGAUACAAGUUGUCAACGCGUUUCUCAUUCGGUAUCUAAAUCUAAACCUACCGCGACAAUGAAAGAUGUUACCGGCUACCUCAAAACGCAACAGAGCAUCAGUUCGACUCCGGAGAUGGCAUCGGAAUGGCACACACUAGAGGAGUUUUACAACAAAAAGUUGUGGCAUCAGUUGACCCUAAAGCUCACAGACUUUGUAAAAGACCCUUGCUUUGCCACAGGAGAUGGCCUCAUACAACUGUACGAUAACUUCCUCAGUGACUUUGACCACAGAAUCAACCCCCUGUCUCUGGUGGAGAUCAUCCUGUAUGUUGCCAGACAGAUGACAGAUCCUAAAGAUGCUAUCACUUUCCUUGAGAAGACGAAGGAGAAGGUGAAGAGCAACGACGAGUCGGUCAUUCUGUGCAAGACAUCUAUUGGAGCCCUUAAACUGGAGAUAAAUGACCUUCCAGCCACAAAGAUAUUAAUUGAGGAGGUGGAGGAGACGCUGAAUAACUUGCCGGGUGUGACGUCAGUCCACGGGCGAUUCUACGACCUGUCCAGCAAAUACUACCGCAUCGUGGGGAACCACGCCUCUUACUACAAGGACGCUCUGCGCUACCUCGGCUGUGUCGACAUCAAAGACCUGCCAGAGACAGAGAAGCAGGAGAGGGCUUUCACACUGGGUCUGGCUGGACUCUUGGGAGAAGGAGUUUACAACUUCGGAGAGCUGCUGAUGCACCCGGUACUGGAGUCCCUAAGGAGCACAGACAAGCAGUGGCUAAUAGACACAUUGUACUCCUUCAACGGAGGCAACGUGGAGAAGUUCCAGGCCUACAAGUCUGCCUGGGGAGCGCAGCCUGACCUGGCAGCCAAUGAAGCCAAACUGAUGCAGAAGAUUCAGCUGCUUUGUGUGAUGGAGAUGACGUUCACUCGUCCCGCCAACAACAGACAGCUGACCUUCCAUGAGAUUGGACAGAGUGCCAAGAUCCCCGUGAACGAGGUGGAGCUGCUAGUGAUGAAAGCUCUGUCUGUGGGUCUGAUCAAAGGAAACAUUGACGAGGUGGACCAGAAGGUUCAGAUGACCUGGGUGCAGCCCCGAGUACUGGACCUGCAGCAGAUCAAGGGCAUGAAGGACCGGUUGGACCUCUGGUGUGGGGAUGUGAAAAACAUGGCUGUGUUGGUGGAACAGCAGGCCCACGAUAUCCUCACCUAGACAACCCCCCUUUGGUUUAGCAUCACUUAGACAGGCCUCCUCCCCUUGGUUUAGCCUCACCUAGACAGGUCUCCUCCCUCUGGUCUCCUCCAUGGCCCUGUCCAGAACAACCCCUAACCUCUAGACACUUGUAGAGAUCAGAGAAGAUUUAUUUGAUAGGUUUAUGCAGUAUGAUGAUAGUACCUUGCCCUCUGAUAGUCUAGGUAGAGUUUUGGCCAUAUUGCUUACACCAGUCAGAUCCUCUCAGACAAGGGUCUAAGGUGUAGGUGCCAGGAUGUUCUUCUGGACAGGGCCCUUCUCCCAGCCUGUUCACCCCUAGAACAGACAUCAUCACAGGAAUCCUCUCAGACAAGGGUCUAAGGUGUAGGUGCCAGGAUGUUCUUCUGGACAGGGCCCUUCUCCCAGCCUGUUCACCCCUAGAACAGACAUCAUCACAGGAAUCCUCUCAGACAAGGGUCUAAGGUGUAGGUGCCAGGAUGUUCUUCUGGACAGGGCCCUUCUCCCAGCCUGUUCACCCCUAGAACAGCCACCUUCAACAGACACCAUCACAGGAAUCCUCUCUUCGUUCCUCUACCUACCUAUCUCCCAGAAGGACUGAUGCAUCCAACCUUUUCAGUUUUUUGAUUUGUAUUUUUGUUGGGGUUCUGUGUACGUUCUUGUUACUUUAUAGCAGUAAAUAAAUAAAAGAAAACAUUGUUCAAUUUUGAAAUAAAAAUUACAAAUGCUUGUUGAUGAAACAUACCCUUCAAGCAUGAAUUGUG